AUGGACGAUGUCAUGUCCUGCCAGCUGGCUCUCACGCUCGUGCUUCUCACAGCACACUUCACCUCUUCUGCCGCGGACGCCAGGUCCAUGCUGUGCUGGUUCUGGGCCAACUUCUUUCAAAGCACUGGGCCGAAGAGCAGCAACAAAGAGGAUCCGCUCAACAGCCGCAUUGAAGAGGCCAUGCAAGCCCUGGCAGAAGAGAACUUUGCCCUGGCCAGUCGCUUGCUUCAGCAUGGGUUCCCGCUGAGCGUGAUCCUGUUCAUGUUCAUGGGAGCUCCUGGUGAAGCCUUUCUUUGCUUCGGACUGUACCUCUUUUAUUUGCUGACGGCCAAGGGCUACAUCAGGAUGACAGCAGCUAGGGUAAAGAAGUUCUUGAUCGUCAACUACCUCCUCUUUCUCCCCUUCUUUCCCACAAGGGCUCGCUUCGCUUCCGCCGGUCAGCUGGCGCUAAAGGAUCAGCUUGGUAUGUCAUAUCGCUGUGUGUUGGUCGUCAUGUGCGCUGACAGCGCAUUGCAUACACAGGCGCAGUUCGCCUUGUCCCUGGCGGAGGUCGCGUUCUACAUGUCCGCACAGGGUUUGGAUGAGUUUGCAGUACCCUGCGUUGUCAGCCAGGCGUUCAUGGCUGCCAUGGCCAGCACGCUGAGCGUCGUGAUGGAGUAUUUUCUGAGACAGAGGUUGGCGGCGCAAUUCCGUUCUGCGGAUGCCGAAUCCAUCACAUGCGGCUUCCGGCGAAUGCUACGAGGAAUUUGCGAUGGUGAUGUUCUACUGAAUGGCAGCUUAGUCGUUCAAGAUAGCACGUGUUUGAACCGGCUGUCAGCGCAUGAUACGAAGGGCACAUGCUUUCCGGACCUGCUCGAGUGCUCACAAGAGGUUCAGAGCUUCAGGGACUUCAUGGGGAGGUCGGUGGAGGCGUCGACGGAGACGCCGACAUGCUUGCGGGUGUCCUUGCCGAGCGCUUCCGGCGCGAGGGUCGGUGUCGACGUGUUUCACGUGGCACUUCCGUAUCUGCACGGGUCGGAUGAGGUAUACCAUUUGCUGGCACUGAGAGAGGACGCCGAUGUGAAUGCGCAGUCUCUCCCAGAUGCCACACCGCAAAGCCUGCCAGCACAACUGCUUGCGAAUGCAGCCGCCCCAUCCGUGUCACAGACCAGCCGAGCUUCUUCCAUGUUGGGUGAGGCUGCGGGGAUGGCAUUGCUUGGCAGCUUGCCUCAACUGUCUGAGAUCGUCCUUGCCAUCGAUCCUUCUUUGCCCGGGCAGAACAUUAAGCAGCUGCACCUCAAGUACCACAGGUCUGGAGAUCAGGACGGAAUGCCCUGCAUGAGAAGGCUCAUCCGACCAACUGAUUGGGAGUCCGUACGUGUGGCGGUUGCCAGGUGCGCAGGGGCUGCGAAGCACAAGCCCGAGAAUCCGGAGGUGCUUCCUUCGAUUUGGCUGCGCAGGCUCGAUACCCCUUUUAGAUACAUGCAGGCACAGCAGGCCAAGAUCUGGCACACGGGCAGAGGCCGCAAAACCCUGGUGUGGCUGGCCCUCUCGCGCUUGUCGCAGAGCGAGAGGAAUGCACCUUCAUCAGCAGCCUCCGAGCUAGCGAGAAUCGGCGAGCAGGUGAGCUCUGCAGCAGAGGACGAGCCGUCAGAAAGUCCUGAUGAUGACUCGAAGCCAACGGUUUAG